AUGUUGCCAAGCAGAGGCAUCGCUGGCCUGCGCCCAGUCAUUAGGCUGCCGCCGUCCUUGGUCGGCUCCAGACAGAUUACGUCGCGCCUGCGGGCCUCGGCCCGCCCGUUCUCGCAGCUGCAGCGCGCCGCCCAGUCGUCGAGGCCCUGGGCCCCCGCGCCCUCGGCCGCUCUGAGAGGCUCCGGCGGCGCGUUGCCCAGACUGGCAGCCGUUGGUCGCAAUCCCGCCCGCGUGGGCGUCGCUGCCGGCGCCUCCAGGUCGCUCUCGCUGUGGCCGUUCGGAUCCAAGCCGCAGCAGCAACCCAACGAGCCCAAGGCCGAAGCUGCCCCUACCCCUUCGAUGGACCAGACUUCGACAGCUCAGCCUACGCCGCCUCCCGUCGACCCCCAAUCGUCGGCCUCGCAGCUCUCCUCCGUCCACGAGACGUCGAUCCCGCAGCGCGAUCCCAUCUCGACAUCAUUCUCCCCGGAGACCUUCGCCGAUCUCGAGGCGUCGUCCAUCCUCGACAUCCCCGAGCAGAUUGGCUACCUGAAGCACCUGGGUCUCGACUUUGGCUGGGGCCCGACCGCUGUAUGCCAGUGGCUCGUCGAGCAUGCCUACAUCUACACGGGUCUCCCCUGGUGGGGUACCAUUGCCCUGGUGGCCGUCGCCGUCCGUGUUGCUGUCUUCUGGCCGGCCAUGGUUGGCUCCAAGCACUCGGCCCGCAUGGCUCUCCUCCAGACGGACCCCGAGUACGUCAAGGCCAAUGCCGAGAUGAAGGAGCUGAUGUGGAACCCCGAGGCCGACAACAUGCAGAAGAUGAAGGCCCGUGCCAAGGUCAUGGCCCUCACCAAGCGCCAGGGCGUCUCCAUGUUCAAGACGGUCGUCACGCCCCUCGCCAUCGUCCCCUUCAGUUACGGCAUGUUCCGGCUCCUGCGCUCCAUGGCUGCCUUGCCCGUGCCCAGCCUCGAGACGGGUGGCUUCGCCUGGAUUUCUGACCUGACCGUCUACGAUCCCACCUAUGUCCUGCCUCUGGCCACCGCCGCCAUCAGUUUCCUUACCAUGAAGCAGACCCAGCAGGCCAACCUGAACCCGACCCCGCAGAGCGUGUCCAUGGGCAAAUUCUUGGCCUACGGCCUGACGCCCUUGAUGUUCGUGUGCACCAUGUGGUUCCCCGCUGUCGUCCAGUGGUUCUUCUUUAUGUUCGCCGUAACCUCCACUGCCCAGACAACGGCCGUGCUGAACCCUGCCGUGCGCCGCUGGGCCGGGAUCCCUUCCCUGGCAGAAAAGCCCGCGCUGCCCUCCGCCACCAUCGCCACGUACCAGGCUCCCACGCCCGGUGGCUUCCGUGGCCUGCUGGACGGCGCCAGCAAGAAUGUAGCAAACAUGCAGAAGGGCAUCGAAGACUACACGGGCGGUGCCGCCAAGGCGUCCGCGAGGAAGGCACAGGAAUACGAGAAGAAGAGGGCCCAGGAGGAGAAGGAGAAGGCUCUGAAUCGAAUGAUUGAGCAUCGGAGAAAGAAGCUACACAGACAGGACGGCUCCUCGUAG